GGCCCUCCCACUUCCAAUUGCGACAUGUCCGACCGCCCAUAAACGCAGCACAGUGCAGGGUUCACUCGCGUUUAUCCGUCAAGGGAACCGAGCCUAAUCGAGCCAUCAUCAUCACCAUCAUCGUACCUAUCAGCCUGCAGCUCGGCUUUAAGGAGGCUUCUGAUUACACUUUUAGCAGACAACAUGACUCGUAGCGGUUCCUCCACCCCUCUUGCCCCUCCCCCAGCGCCACCAUGCCCAUCCUCAAGAACCUGCCGGUGCGCCUGAAGGGCGGCGGUCCGACCCUCGACAACGCCCUGUUCAUACGCAGGAUGAGCCUCAACAUCAACCCCCACCACCACAACCCCUUCGACCACGACGACGACCACGACGGCGGCGGCCAUGGCAACCACUGGUCGCCAGGCGGCUCCUUCCUGGACGGCAAUGUUCCCGGGGACCGCAACCCGUUUGAGGACGAGGAGGACGAGAACGAGGCCAACGAGGGCAAGAAGGGCAAAGGCGGCUCGAGGAAGGGCUCCUUCAAAAUCAAGUCCCCCCUGAAGAGUUUGGGCAAGCUGGGGAAGAACCUGAGGAUGUCGGCGCGCAGCAAAGACAGUGCCGCAUCCUCGCCGCAGGGGUCACUGCAGGGGACGCCGUCGCCUGCGGAGAAGAAGAAGCGAGGCAGGAGGAGCUCCGAAGGAAGUCUGCUCAGGUUUGCAGGGAAAUACCGUGACACCCUCAGCUUCCGGACCAACGGUGAGCUCAACUGUGCGGAGAGCGAGUGCGACUCCACCAGCCGCCGCGUGUCCUUCAUGAAGAUGGUGGGCUUGGGGAAAACGAAGAGGGAGUCCGGUGCCGACCACUCAUCACAGAACCCCGAGGAGCCGCCGGCGCACAAGGAGCCGGAAGAGGAGGUCAAGCCCAGGGAGCCGCUGUCAGUCCUAGAGAUCCUGCAGCUGGUCAAGAAGCGGGACCUCCUGCUGGCCGACACUCACAUCCUGGAGCUGGAGCAGGAGUGUAACGAGUCGGAUGGCGGGAUGCAGCCAGAGGACGUGGGCAGCCCGAGCGUCAAAGAUGGCGGCCGCAGGAAGGCGAAGGACGUGGAGCUCCUGUACGAAGAGCUGCAGAAAGAGCUGUGGGCCGUGGUGAGGGAAUCGCUGCGGUCGCCCACCGCCGGUCCCAACCUGGGUCUGGUGGUUCAGGUCCUGCAGCAGGAAGAGCAGGCUGAUCUGGCCCGAGCCUGCAGCGAGUCGGCGGUGGGGGUGCCGGCUGGGUCCAGGCCGCGGCAGCUGAAACGUCGCUGGAAGGCGGCGGUGGAGGAAGCCGCCGACAGUUCGCUGCCUCAGAAGGCAGAGUUUACGGCCGGGGAGCUGGGGGGGUACCUGGACCGCAUCCGAGCCCGCGUGGUGGAGGACCUGGGUGCCGCUAAGAGGAAUGUAGUGUCCAUUUAUCCCGAGGAGUACCACGCCCUGCAGGUGUACAUGCAGAGCUACCACCAGGCGGUUGCUAGGCGACUACAGGCCAUCACUGACCAACAGCUGGAAAUCACUGAUAUUUACUCUCUGCUCGACUGGCUGCAUAACAUCUACAACAGGGAUGUUUUGGCAAAGUUGUGUGUUACGGAUCCUUUAAGCGGCUCUCAGGUCAAACCUCUGCUGCCUUCAGAGACCCUGGAAAGACUGGAACAGGACUGUCUCAACUCUGUCAGGGCUAAGGUGACCACAGAGCUGAGUCAGGUGCUGGACGACGAGGAGAAGAGGUGGUUUGAGACACUGCACGUUGAGGAGUAUCACAUCACUCUGGCCAAGACCAUCAUACAGAGGCUGCAGGUUGAUCUGGAACGUUCCGCCUCCAUCAACAGGAGUUUGGGUUCCAGAGUGGCUCAGUGCAGCCUCAACGGCCUGGCGGACUUCCUUUACAGCUUCCAGCGUAAAGUGGAGCUCUUCCAUGAAGGUAUGCAGAGUGGAAUGUUUGGAGAUCAUGAGGACGGAUACGUGUCCAGAACCGUCGCGCUGGUCAACUGCUGCCCCCCCUUCAGAGGUUUUGUGCAGCGGUGCGCUCAAUGCGAGCCGGCGGCCAGCGAGGACUCUCUGAGGCGGGCCAACAAAGCUCUAGACCACAUCGUCCAACAGGGGGUCCGAGUCCUGUCUGAACGCCUGUUCCUGCACAUCAGGCCUUUCUUUGAGCGUCUGGUGAAGAGGAAGUGGCUGAGCAACACGGAGCCAUACGAGCAGAUUGAAGCUGUGAUUAAAGAACAUUUCAAGAAAUAUCACAGGAUGGACAAUCCACCAUACCAGCUCCUGGUGGCGGAGGUCCAUCGUCGCGUGGUGAUGGAAUAUCUUCGCUCGGUUAUGCGAGGACGGAUCAUCUGCACGUCGCUAAAGAUGAGGAAGAGGAUGGCCGGCCGCCUCCGAGACGAAGGCGGAGACAUAAAAGUCCUCUUCAAGGACCUGGAGUCUCCAUCGAGCUGGCUGGAUGGCGCUCUGUCGCACAUCUCAGAGGUCAUCCAGCUGGAGGACGUGCCGUCCAUCCAGAUGGAGGUGGGAGUUCUGGUGCAAGAGUUUCCCGACGUCAGGAAGAAGCAUGUGUCGGCCAUUUUGAAUAUCCGGGGCAUGACCCGGCAGCGGGAGCGCCAGGAGAUCCUCAACAUCGUCAAGGACAUCGAGAGCGGCGAUGGCGGCGGCACGGCCCGGCUGUCCAGGGACCGCGCCCUCUUCUCCGAGGUUCCGGUCACUUCCGAGGUCCACUGCCUGAACGUGGGCCUGAGUCGCAUUGCCCUCACCGCCUCUUCAUGCUUCGCCACGCUGCGGCCGCGCAGACGCAAAGCCCGCACGUCAGUCCACGAGAACCCGGAUGAUGUUCUCUAAAGAGUCUGGAUCAGUUUGGGACCAGCGGGACUCGACUGAGUAUUCUUAGCUUGCUACUAUUCAUGUAAACAUGACAAGACUGAAAAACUCCCAAAAUGAUUUAGAGAUGGCCUCAUGUCAGUGACCUUCUGUUCCAUGGGUGGGGGACAUGCAUCCCAUGGGCCAUAUGGGGCGUGAGCGCCUUUUGGUUGGACCCACCAUGCAAUUCUACUAAAUACUAAACAUUACUUUGAUCAAAUGUUUUCAUAAAUUUAGUAUAGCCCUCAGAGGGCUUCAUCAAAGUUUCCCCACCCAUGUUCUACAGGCUCUGGAUGACUUUAACGGCGCCAUAACUGACAGCUUCUCACUCUAUCUAGGCUAACCAUAUACUGCGCCUAAUGGAUCCAGUUCUAAAGGAUUGUCCAAUUGGUGGUGAAGAUGUUUUGUCAUGUGACCUGCAGUUCCGAUGGUGGCCACUAGACUGAAGCCUCCGAAUGCCCUCCACGUUAGUGGACACUGUCUGCAGACAUGACCUAAGGACGGCAUUCAUGUUUGCGUCCUUCAGUUUGGACAUUUUUCACUGCAGGGACUGUGGAAGCACUUUAAGCCAGGAUCCAAACGGGAAUGUGGGAAUGUGGUGCUGAGACCGGACUGAAGACCACCGGGAUGCUUCUUUAUUAUGAUAUGUUGCACAUGAAGAAAGAAAAAGUAGAACUAUAAAUCACGGUACUAGACGACCAUGUGACCAGUCUGAUUGUAUUUAAAACAACAAUGAUGGUGUUGGUGUUCAAAUAGAUUGAUCGUGUUUUGGUGGUAACUAAUUCUAAAGUUGGACAUAUUGAUCAGGGUUUGAAUGCGGAAGAAAAUUAUCACUCAUUGACUCACUAUGACACAAAUAAAUACUUUUAAUGUGCAAUCAGCCACACUCCGAUUUCUUUUUAAGCAUUUACAAACUAGCAUUUAAAGAUUCAUCAACAGGAAACACAUUCUGACUCUUGUUGGCUGAAUUAUUUGAACAUUCUUUUAAAAAAAUAUUGUUUUUGUUUUAUUUCUCCCCACCAUUAGGCACUUUCCAGAAUAAAAUCAAGAUGAAAGUUGACUCACAUCCGAACUGAUUUGUAAUUAACGACAAUAAAACAAACUGUGUCUAU